AUGCUCUCUACCGCCGUACGACGGCUCCCGGCGCUCCGAACAUCCGUGCCCGGCCUCAAACAAGCAGCAGCAACGGCAACAACUAUUUCGCCUUCCGAACUCGACCCCGAACUCAAGCUGACGACGUUGCCGAACGGCGUUCGAAUCGCUUCCGACUUCACGCCUGGUCACUUUGUUGCGGCGGGAGUGUACGUCGAUGCGGGCAGCAGGUACGAGAGUGAUCGGACGAGAGGAGCGGCGCACAUGACGGACCGACUCGCCUACAAGAGCACGACGAAGCGGACUCUUGAGGAGAUGACGACCGAAAUCGAGCAGCUCGGCGGCUCAUUCCUCGCCUCGUCGUCGCGGGAUUCCAUCUUCUACCAAGCUUCGACCUAUACACACGCAUUGCCUGCCGCCCUCGACAUCCUUGCCGAUACCGUCCUCAACCCGCGCAUCCAGGCAGAAGAGCUCGAGGCCCAGCGGGCAGCGGCAUUGUGGGAAGUCGGCGAGGUCAUGAACAAGCCGGAGUCGAUCCUCCCUGAGCUGCUGCACGAGACGGCGUUCCAGGGCAACACGCUCGGCAACCCCCUGCUAUGCCCUGAAGAGCAUCUCGAAGCGAUGACGGUCGACACGCUGCGCGAUUACCGCAAGACGUGGUACCGACCAGACCGUCUCGUAGUGGCAGCGGCCGGAGUCGAGCACGACCAGCUCGUCGAACUCGCAGCCGAGCACUUCGGCCACCUCGAGCCUGUAGCCACCCCGGCACCCUCCCUACACCCGGCUACGUCCACGGCACUCGCCUACAACUCGCCCGUCCUCGACCACUCCGCAUCCUCCUCUACUCCCGCUACCGCUUCCGGCACGUCCGCCGAGUCUUCCAUCGCCGUACCCGAAGACUCCUUCGAAUACCUCUCAGCCGCUCACGCACGGUAUACGGGCGGCACCCUCUUGCUUGAGAAGCCGGAUCUCGAGUUCACCCACGUCUACGUCGGGUACGAGAGCCUCGCACUCAGUGACCCCGACAUCUACGCCGCGGCGACGUUGCAGACCUUGCUCGGCGGCGGAGGAUCCUUCUCAGCAGGCGGCCCGGGUAAGGGCAUGUACUCCCGCCUCUACACCCACGUCCUCAACCAAUACCAUGCCGUCGACUUCUGCUCCGCCUUCCACCACUGCUACCUCGACACGGGCCUCUUCGGCAUCACCAUCUCUGUCCACCCUUCAUUCCUCUCGCGCACAGCCGCAUUGAUUGCGCAGCAACUCGACAGCAUCACACGACCGAUGUCGAACGGGAUUGGGGAGGCUGAGCUGCGGAGGGCGCGGAAUCAGCUCAAGAGUAGCUUGGCGAUGGCGCUCGAGAGUAAGAUGGUGCAGGUCGAGGAUCUCGGCCGUCAAGUCCAGGCGCAAGGUCGCAAGGUCUCGAUGCGCGAAAUGGCGGAACUCAUCGACCGCGUCACCUUGACAGACGUCUUCCGGGUCGCGAACCGCAUCCUGCGUCCUUCCGCUUCGCCCAUCCUCUCAGACCGACGGAAGAACGGGCGGCCGACGAUCGUCGUGCAGGGACAGCUCGAGGGGCUUGGGGAUGUCAUGGAGGCUUUGGCGCGGCGCGGAUUGGCGGGCAUCCCGUAG